GCACCAUGGGCUGCGGGGCGUCGCUGGGAGCCUGGGCGCUGCUGCUCGCCCUGCAUCUGGUGCUAGUGGGGCAGCCCGUGAAUGCGGCUGGCUGGAAGUGCAACACCAUCUAUAAGGGGUUUGCAGAGUGCCUGGUUAGCCUUGGAGACAGCAUGGCUCAAAACGUUCAGAAGGAUAUGGAGGAUGACACCAUCCAGGAUCAAGAUGAGUUGAACACCAUCUGUAGAUCCUGGGAUGACUUCCACGCCUGUGCCUCCAAGGUUUUGUCCAAUUGCCCUGAAGAGGCAGCCAACAUCUGGGAAUCCCUUCGGCAAGAGUCCCGAAAAAUCCAAUUCCAAGGCAACCUACAUGACCUGUGCAGCUCACGGGCCCAGCUGGCUGGCGAUGGGAAGGCUUUCCGUGUGGAUGAGACCAAUCAAGAGACCUUGAGGGGGGCAGCUCCCCUUCUCUGGCCCAGCCUCAUGGGUCGAUUGACUCUUGUAGCUCUCGUGGCUCUGGUCCCCUUUGCUUAG